GGUUGGGGAGGGUCAGUCAGGGUAUUACAAACAAAACCAUUACUCAGAGUCAAAAGGAGAGAAACCAGUAACAGUAUUACACAUUCCUAUUUUAAACCACGUGUCUGUCGUUGGACUGUUACGAUUUGGAAUGGAUGAAUAUGAAUGACAGCCUGCAAUAUUAUAACUCUGAUCUCGAAACCACUGCCAUAAAUUCAUCCGCUACUCCCACGAUCCAGACAUUACAACAAAAGAUUAACAGAGCCAAGAAGCGAAUUUUGGAGGAGCAGAAAACGCGAGACGAGAAUGUGGAAGAAUAUCUAAAGAUGGCCGCUGUAGCGCAGCGAACCCAAUUGCCUCAAGUGAAAGCGGUCUUUGAAAAAAGAAAUACGAAGGCGGCCACUCGAAUUGCGGCAUUACAACGGAAGUUGGAACGUUACCAGCAGGACGUACAGGAGUUAGAAAAAAGGUCCAAAGAUGUAAGUCCAGUCCGUGGAGAAGUAGGAAUUACUCCUAAAAAUAUUCACGAUCAUCGAUUCGGAAGUGAAGCAUCUGGUUCUUCCACAGCCUCAUCGCAUAGGGCAUCGAAAGGACGACUGCAACACGUUAGUCAUGGCAUCAAGUCUGUCAGUGAAAAUCUGAAGGAUGGAAUCACUGGGAUUUCAGGAACCGUUAUCUCAAAGCCAAAAGAAAUUGCGUCGUAUUUAAUGAAGCAAAAGUUUGGAUCUGCGGAUAAUAUUCCUCAUGUUAUUACUCGGGAGCCUGAUGGGACCCAUUCUGCUGGAGUUUAUCAUGGAUCUGCUAACAUACCCGCAACUGCAGAAAUAAGCAAAGGGAGUGGGACCCUGCAAGGUCGGCAAAUUCAUGCUGCUGCUGAUGAUGAACAGCAAGCAUCAGAAUGUUCCGAAUCGGCACAAAGCAGUAGUAUUGGUCAGGAUCACAAAAUUAGUCAUAGCCAUGCAGAUAUGAAAAUUAUUGUUCAGCAACUACAAGAAAUUCGUGAUGACUUUAGCAGUUUUAGGGAAGACUUUGAUACGUUUAAAAACCAAGUCACAGCAGACAGCAGCUUCAUUUGCCAGGGUCUUCAAGAGGAAAGAUUUCGUGCUGAACGUUUAGAGGAACAAGUGAACGAUUUGACGGAACUACAUCAAGCAGAAACUGGGAAUUUGAAACAAGCACUUGCCGAUGCAGAAGAAAAACUUAGUUAUCAAAGCGAAGAAAGAUUACGCGAUUUGGCAGAGAUGUUGGAAGCGUGUCAAACAAAGAUAUCAAGAUUGGAACAGCAACAACAGCAAUUGGUCACUAUUGAAGGGAUUGAAAACUCUGCAGCUCGAGACUUGGCUGUUAAAUUAGUCAAUGUUGGGUUGACAAUGUUGCAAUUAUGUUUAUUAUUGGUCGCAACGGUGGCAUCCGCAUUAGCUCCAUUUCUAGGGUCAAGAGUCCGCCUCUUUACGUCACUUUUGGUUGGUUUGGGGGUAUUCAUGCUUUCAAGAAAAUGGCCCCAAGUUCAAGAAGCACUUGGAAAUCUGUGGACUGACCUAUUCGAUCGUAGUUUAUAGGCACAAAUAUAACGUAUAUAUAUUUGCUUGAUAUUACAAUAUUAUUGUGAUAAUCGUUUUCCAUUUCCAGCCUAUUAUUUGUAUUUACGCAAUUAUUGUAGUACUUAGUUCCUUUGCCUCGCAUAAAUCGGGUUUGGCUUAUAAGACUAUGACUAAUAAUUUAUGAACUAAUACCUACAGUGUGUCUGCGCUGGGCUAUUAAACAGAGCAAGAACACAUUAAUGAGAAAAAAUGCUUUAAGAUUUUAAAAUAUCUAAUAUGAUAGGAACGCCAUAAAUGGUUUUUAUUAUGUAAACUACAAAAUUACGAAAACAUUAUUCGUAGAGAAGAAAUAAACUCAAUCGUACGUUUUUAUAUA